ACUUCGGAAGCUACCUGUCUGUCUACAAGUGACGUUCGUUCGCAGCCGCAGUCGAAGCCCAGCCCAGCCCACUAUAUCCACAGCCUACAGCAGACGACGAGGCCGGCUCGUCUUGUCUCUCAUAUCGCUCGUCCUACUCCCGCUGCAUCAGAUCAUCCUCGACCAUCAUGGCAGCCUCGCAGGCAGACUACAAGGACAGGCAGUUCCUCGCCGUCAUUGGCGACGAGGAUUCGGUAACAGGGCUGCUGCUAGCUGGUAUAGGCCAUGUCACAAACCCCCCGGACUCCCAGAAGAACUUCCUCGUCGUCGACAACAAGACCGAGAACUCGGCUAUCGAGGCGGCCUUUGACUCCUUCACCACAGAGCGCAAGGACAUUGGAAUUGUAUUGAUCAACCAACACAUUGCCGACAAGAUCAGAUAUCGCAUCGAUACCUACACAGCCGCCUUCCCCACCGUCCUCGAGAUCCCGAGUAAAGAGCACCCCUAUGACCCUGAGAAGGAUAGUGUAUUGAGGAGAGUGAGACGCCUCUUUGGAGAGUAGGGCAGCAGAUCCCACGCGGACAUGGUUUUGGCACUGUUAGGUCCAACACAGAGCACUUUUGUACCAAUCACACGAGGCAUAGAGAUACCACGGAUUACCUGCUGUCU